ACACAGACACACACACACACACACCACCAUGUUUACCCAUCAUCCUCCCCACCUCUCUCCUUCCUCCUCUUCCUCUAGCUCCUCCCCCUCCUUGCUUUCUCCCCUCGCUCCGCCUUUCUCUCCUCUCUCCUCCCCCUCUUCCUCUCCUUCCUCCUCCUCCUCCUCCUCCUCGUUUUCUCCCAUCCCUCCCUCCCUCUUUCCACCCUCCUCUCCCUCCUCCUCCUCCUCCUCCUCCUCCUCCUCCUCGUUUUCUCCCAUCCCUCCCUCCCUCUUUCCACCCUCCUCUCCCUCUUCCUCCUCCUCCUCUUGUCUUCGUUCUCCUGAUCCACAUCCUCCUUCUCCUUUACCACUGACCGGCUGGACUUGCAGGAUCACGGAUGAGGACGACCUCAAGAUCUACUUUCGCAGGGUGCCCUCACUGUCCUCCCUGUCUGCUCCCAUUUCUUCCUCCUCCUCUCCCUCCUCCUCCUCCUCCUCUCCCUCCUCCUCCUCCUCCUCGCUUUCUCCCAUCCCUCCCUCCCUCUUUCCACCCUCCUCUCCCUCUUCCUCCAGCUCCUCUUGUCUUUGUUCUCCUGACCCACAUCCUCCUUCUCCUUUACCACUGACCGGCUGGACUUCCACGAUCACAGAUGAGGGCAAGCUCAAGAUCUUCGUUCGUACGGUGCCCUCACUGUCCUCCCUGUCUGCUCCCAUUUCUUCCUCCUCCCUUCCUCCUUCUCCUCUUCCACAGGUUUCUCUAGUACCAGCAGAUGGGAGUCCGACCUGUCGGAUCUCCACGGAGGAGAACAUUUCUCUUCAGAGGCCGCCCUCUAGCGCCUCCUCUAGCUCCUCCUCUUGCUCCUCCUCUUGCUCCUCCUCUUGCUCCUCCUCUUGCAACUCCCCCUGCAUGUCUUCCUCCCUCCCUGCUAUCUGCUCUCCUCCCUCCUCUCUGUCUGCUUCUAACACCUGUCCUCAUGUUUCUCCUCCUCAGCCCCCACAGGUCUCCAAGCCCACUUUGGCUACUGGUCCUCCUGUGGAGCCUCGUGCUCCGGCAGCGGGUCCAAGUAGUCCAAAGUGGGUGAGGAACCUGCGGGCCCUCAUGGAGGAGUGCAACAGGCGGCGUGGCGGCCUGACAGGUAAGAGAGGUGCUGGGCCUCCAGCAGGCCAACCUCCAGGUAAGAGGUCUCCCACUUAGACUCUUACAUUUAAUAUAAUUUCAUUCUAGUCUUUAGGUUUUUAAGUUUUACUGAAUGUGAUUCAUGUUGGAUGUGAUCUGACCAGAUUUUAUUUGAAUGAUCCUGUUGUGAUGAUGUCUGGUUGAUCUAUUCCAACUUUAUUUGAAUAGAUUUUAUUUUAUUCUACUUUAUGUAUUUUCUCUUUGUAUAGUGUGAUUUAUGUUGGAUGUGAUUUGAUCAGACUUUAUUUGAAUGAUCCUGUUGUGAUGAUGUCUGGUUGAUCUAUUCUGACUUUAUUUGAAUCAUUUUUUUCUGGUUUUAUUGUACAUAGUUCGUUUGCACACUGUGAUUUAUGUUGGAUGUGAUCUGACCAGAUUUUAUUUGAAUGAUCCUGUUGUGAUGAUGUCUGGUUGAUCUAUUCCAACUUUAUUUGAAUGAAUUUAAAUGUAUUAUCUACUGUUUGUGGCCCUGUGAUGGACUGGCGAGCUGUCCAGGGUGUCUCUGCCUUCGCCAGGAGUCGACUAGGAAAGACUCCAGCCCCACAUGACCCUACAGAGGAUCAAGUGGAGUGUAGAGGAUGGAUGGAUGGAUGGAUGGAUGGAUGGAUGGAUGGAUGGAUGGAUGGAUGGAUGGAUGGAUGGAUGGAUGGAUGGAUGGAUGUGCUCUGUGUGAUUCCAGCUGAACUCUGUCCUUGUCAGUGGGACUCAGGUCAGGGUGUCUUUCAGUGGUGUGGGUGGAUGUGGGGGGAAUAGCGCCCUCACAGUGAAGCUGUAUCAGUUGUAAUAUGUGUGUCUGCAUCCCACCCUGGACCCACAGUGGAGUCCACAGUGACAAGGACCAGAGUUCAGUGGAAGCACACUGGGAGGGGGGAGGAAGAUUUCACGGGCCGCUGCACAGCGGUGGCCCGUGACAAGGUAAGUUUCAGGUUUACAUUUUAUAUUCAUAACACAAGAAGUUUUUAAAUCUUCAAUAGGAGGUGAUAAAUGUUCUGACAUGUUCUCCUGUUGUUUUUUUCUGCUCCAGGUCCCAGCUCCAGCAGACCCAUGAAGAUGACCAACCGAGCCCACCAGAGACGACCCCAGAGACUACAACCAGACGACAGGACAACUUUCUAAAGAGCAGAAUGCACUGGAUGGAACAUCGAGGAGAGAAAAGAUGUUAAGAAGAAAAGGAUGAUGGGAACCAGAUCCAGGACCAGUGCAUGAGAUGUGAGACCACAAAACUAAAACAAGAGCUCUCUCUGCAAGACACCCAGUAAAAUGAAGGAUCAGAUCAGGACAAGAGACUGGACAAGAGCAGCCCCAGCAUGUGAAUACAGACUAUGGAAGAGGGGAUGCUUGUUAUAGUGACACAAAAGGAGGAAGUCAGUGUACAAAGAGAAAAUCCCACACAGUCAGAGAACAUGAAGAGGAAGAAGCAGAUGAGCAGCAG